GCGAGAUAUAAACGCAUUUCCCAGUCUCCUUCGACUUCGCCGCUCGGGACGCCCUUCGCCUGCUCUGCUCUUCGGACCGCCUUCUCUACCUCGUCUCCCUCCCCCUCCAACCCCUUGCUCACGUAGUCAGGGUAUAAGGUUGUGAUGGACACUGCCAUUUUGCCUUUGAUAAAGACUAAUCAAUUUAUUGACACACACGUUACUCGUCAUUUUCGAAUAUUCAGUGUCCCUAAGCAUAGAAGAUAUCAGUCAUGUUGUUUGUCGCAAGGAUAUAGAGGUCAAAGUACUAGGUGUUCCAUGAAAUCUUACAGGCUUUCAGAGCUUAGUCAUGCUGAGGUUGAAGGCCUCAAAGCUCGUCCUCGUAUUGAUUUCACUUCCAUUUUUAGUACUGUAAACCCAAUUGUGGAUGAUGUCCGGAUUAGAGGUGAUGCUGCAGUUAUAGAUUAUACUGCAAAAUUUGACAAAGUUGUAUUGGAUCAAGUAGUUGAGUUUGUUUCCAAUCUUCCAGAUCCCGAGCUUGAUCCAGAUGUCAGGGAAGCAUUUGAUGUGGCGUAUGACAAUAUCUAUGCAUUUCAUGUCGCUCAAAGGGUUCCUGAGAAGCAUAUUGAGAAAAUGAAAGGUGUUAGGUGCAAAAGAAUAGCAAGGUGCAUCGGCUCUGUGGGGCUUUAUGUUCCAGGAGGGACUGCAGUCUUACCCUCUACUGCUUUGAUGCUAUCUGUGCCUGCACAGAUUGCUGGGUGCAAAACUAUUGUUCUUGCUACUCCCCCGAGUCAUGAUGGUAGUGUUUGCAAGGAGGUACUUUAUUGUGCCAAGAAAGCAGGUGUGACCCACGUACUAAAAGCUGGCGGAGCUCAGGCUAUCUCAGCCAUGGCUUGGGGCACUGCAUCAUGUCCGAAGGUGGAUAAAAUUUUUGGGCCAGGAAAUCAAUAUGUUACAGCUGCAAAAAUGAUACUCCAGAAUAGUGAAGCAAUGGUUUCUAUCGACAUGCCUGCAGGCCCUUCAGAAGUUUUGGUUAUUGCGGAUAAGCAUGCCAAUCCAGUUCAUGUAGCUGCAGAUCUACUAUCUCAGGCAGAACAUGGACCAGAUAGUCAGGUGGUUCUUGUUAUUGUUGGACAUGAUGUGGAUCUCGGUGCCAUCGAAGCUGAACUUAGCAAACAAUGUGCAAGCCUUCCAAGAGGAGAAUUUGCUUCAAAAGCCCUCAGCCAUAGCUUCACCGUGUUUGCCCAAGAUAUGACUGAGGCAAUCUCUUUCUCAAAUUUGUAUGCUCCUGAGCAUUUGAUCAUUAAUGUCAAAGAUGCAGAGAGGUGGGAGAGUCUCAUUCAGAAUGCAGGCUCGGUGUUUCUAGGGCAAUGGACGCCGGAAAGUGUGGGCGACUAUGCGAGUGGGACGAAUCAUGUCCUUCCAACUUAUGGGUAUGCUAAGAUGUACAGUGGGGUCUCACUGAACUCCUUCCUCAAAUACUUUACUGUGCAGUCUCUUACAGAGGAAGGACUGCAAAGGCUCGGCCCCCAUGUGGCCAAGAUGGCAGAAGUUGAAGGCCUCGAGGCCCACAAGAGAGCUGUUACCCUCAGGCUACAAGACAUUGAGGCUGCCCUGUCUGCUUAGGCUCUAUUUGGAGGAGCUGUUGGAAGUAGAGCUUUUGAAAGUAGAGCUGUUGGAAGUAGAGUUUUCUGAAGUAGAAUUUUUAUAAAAAGCUAUUUGCUGUUUGAUAAUUACAUUUCUAAAAUGCUGUGAUACUUUAAUAUGUGUUUGUAAAAAAACUGAAAAAGUACUUUUGUAUGA